UUUUCUUCUUUUUUCUUCUCAAAGUUCCCUCCGUCCAAUUCUAUCUUCAUUUCUCCCUUUUAACGAUCUUCGUAUCGAAAAAAAUUAAUAAUUGAAUUUCUCCUCCUUCUUCUUCUUCAUCUUCGCCGAUUCGCUCAAUCGUCGCCCUGAUAUAGGAAGACGAUUGAUCGAAGAUAUUAAAUUAUGGCGAAGAACAGAGAGGAGGAAGAGCAACAACAACAUAGAACGGUAGCGUUGACGGAGGAGGAAGAGGAAGAAUUGGAGGAGCAAUUAGGUUCUAGUUUGACUCUAGAACGAGUCGCUGCUGCGAAGAAAUUGAUCGAAGAUCAUUAUAAAUCGCAUAUGAAACUAAUCCAGGAUCGUAAACAAAGGCGUUCACUGCUAGAAAGGAAAUUGGAAGGCUCUGGUGUACCAAAGGAGGAACAAAUGAACCUUCUAAAGGAAUUGGAGAGAAAAGAGACAGAGUAUAUCCGACUAAAGCGUCACAAGAUUUCUGUCGAUGAUUUUGAGCUUUUGACAAUCAUUGGGAGAGGAGCUUUUGGAGAGGUCAGGUUGUGCCGGGAUAAAGUAUCUAAAAAUAUAUAUGCAAUGAAAAAAUUGAAGAAGGCUGAAAUGCUAAGUAGAGGGCAGGUUGAACAUGUUAGGGCCGAAAGGAAUUUGCUUGCUGAAGUAGCGAGCCACUUUAUUGUAAAACUUUUUUAUUCUUUCCAAGAUGCUGACUACUUGUAUCUGGUAAUGGAAUAUCUGCCUGGUGGUGAUAUGAUGACGUUGCUGAUGAGGGAGGAGACAUUAACUGAGACAGUCGCAAGAUUUUACAUUGCUCAAAGUGUUUUGGCCAUAGAGUCUAUUCAUAAGCAUAACUAUAUUCACAGGGAUAUAAAACCUGACAAUCUUCUUUUGGACAAAAAUGGUCACAUGAGGCUGUCUGAUUUUGGUCUAUGCAAGCCCCUUGACUGUUCGAAUUUAUCUCCUAUAAAUGAAAAUGAAGUGAUUGAUGGUGAGCAAAAGGGAUCUGCUAACAAGUGGAAUAGCUCCCUUGAACAACUGCAGCAUUGGCAAAUAAACAGGAGAAAAUUAGCAUUUUCAACAGUGGGCACUCCUGACUAUAUUGCUCCUGAGGUUUUACUGAAGAAAGGCUAUGGAGUGGAAUGUGAUUGGUGGUCACUUGGCGCCAUCAUGUAUGAGAUGCUCGUUGGUUAUCCCCCUUUCUACUCCGAAGACCCGAUAACGACAUGUAGAAAGAUUGUUCAUUGGAGAAAUCACAUAAAAUUUCCAGAGGAAGCAAGAUUAACUCCUGAAGCCAAAGACCUGAUCUGUAAGUUGCUUUGUGAUGCUGAAAGUCGUCUUGGUUGUCGAGGAGCAGAGCAAAUAAAGGCUCAUCCCUGGUUCAAAGACAUAAAGUGGGAUAAACUUUAUAACAUGGAGGCAGCAUAUAAGCCAGAAGUCAAUGAUGCUCUUGACACUCAAAAUUUCAUGAAGUUUGAUGAGGCAAAUCAAGCACCAGCAAAAAAUAGCUCAGGACCCAAUCGAAAGAAGCGUCUGAUUCCCGAAGAUUUAAGUUUUGUUGGCUAUACCUACAAGAAUUUUGAGGCUGUCAAGGGAUUGAGACAUUCUUCAGGUGAUUCUGCAGUGGAUUUCCCAGGCAAGUGUUCAAUCGAUGACAAUGAAAUGCUUGUCCUCGCGGCAUCAGCAGAUACUGUAACUCUGUGAUGAGCAUCCAAGUUCUACGAUAAAACUAAAUGAUCAACAUGCCAUUUUUAUGGUUUUUUCUGGAGGUAAUAACAUUGAGUGUUCAAUUCGAGUUCCGACCAUUGCUCCUUUGUCCACAAAAGCAGAUUGCCAUUUACAACACUUUAAAAUGUAAAAGUGACAAUAUAGGGUCUCUGGAUAGGUUUCUUGCAGCUAUCACUAGGAGUUUUUUUUUUCCUUUUUCAAUCUUGAAAGUUGUGUAUACAAACAUUAAGAGAUCAUUUAACUUGACUACUCGUGUAGGAAGAGCUAAGAAUGGCUUUAAUCAUAUCUGUCUAGAACCCUUUCAGUUCUUAUUCA